CUAUUGGAAACUUUCCUUGCAGAAACCGAAAGCAAGUUGGCUGUAAAAGCUUUACAUUAUUCAUAUUGCUUGUAGCCGUUACUGCUAAGGACACGUCACUCUUCAAGAUGCAGACAUCCGCCAUACUCGCUAUUAUCGCCGCCGCGUAUGCCACAAUUGCGGCACCUACGGUGCGCAGCGCGGGACCGAGCGUUGCCGACCUCCUUCGUGCGGACGGCAGCGCCUUGCGCAUAACCAUUGAGCCCCUCGACGCCGGAGGCGACCAAGUCUUCCAGUUCAGCUCCACACAAGCCGUCAAAGCUACCCCCGACCAGGUUGUGAACGGCACAACACCGACCGGGGGUCUGCCUGGCGCUUCCGGGACAUACAACUUUGGUAUAAACUCGCAAACUGAUACCAUUUGCUACAACAUCACUCUCUACGGAUUUCGCGGAGAGUAUCAGUCACCAGCGGCCACAGCAACCCAUAUCCACGAGGCUGCUCGCGGUGCUUCCGGGCCACCCAGGAUCGCAUUCCCCAACCCACAGCCUGUGGCCGGUAACCAAGAGGUCAGGAAUAGUGUCGGCUGCCUGACUGGCCCCUUCAAGACCGGAGUCCUCGCCAAUGGAGUAGACACCGGUGCUGGUUUCAAGGUGGCAAGUAUCGAAAAGAAUCCUUCGGGAUUCUUUGCCGAUGUUCAUUCCAGUCUGGCAGUCCCCGGAGCUGUCCGGGGACAAUUGGCAUGAAACGCUGGGCAGCUCCAAUCAUAAUUGUGGCACGAUGGGCAGUGAACCGAGCUCUGGAAGACGCACACAGGAUAUCAUACUGCCCGGGUGGGAAUGGGCCCACGUUGAAGGCGACGGUGGGAGGGCAC